AUGAGUACCAAAGCAGUUAGUGACUUACGGAAAUCUUCUGUCGUGAAAGAUGAGUCAAAUGAAGCCGAAAGUGAACCGCCGGUGGAGCUUGUGGAAUUGCCAGUGCCAACCAAGCGACAGAGCAAGUUCUCCAAGCAUCGACCUGCCGACAAUGUGUCGAUACGGAGUUUCCCUCUCAGCUCCUCGAGAGUUGUUUCGAGGAAAGAACCUCGGGAAGAAGGUGACGACCUUUCGAAGAAGAUUCGAGACAGCAGCGUCUCCGAAAGAAGACAGAAAUUUCGGCUGAAUCGCAAACUGAACCCAAUGGCCAAAAGGCAGUUCUCCAAGGACAGCCCGAAACAGGAAGAGGAAACCGUGGGAAUGGAAAAAAGCGAAGAAGAAGAAACCAUUCUGAUCGAUCGGAAUACCAGUGGGCCGACGUUUUCCAGCUCUGCCGUAUUGCUGUCGACUUUCGACCAACUAAAGAAAGAGCAAGACGUCUAUUUUUGUCCAUCGGCUCAAAAACGACCAGUGCCACCUAACGUCUCCACCGUAGAAAGCGGAUCUGAUUACGGCUAUGAGGUAGCGCUUGGCAAGAAAAACCUUGGUACCAUCAGAGAAAGGCUGAUCGCUCAGGAUAAAAAUCCGGUUUUUGGCGCAGCAGAAAUCCAGAGGAAUCGCUUCAAGUAUCGGCUAACUAUCGAAAUUUACAAACUCAUGUUCAUGCAUCAUCCCCUAUUUUCCAAGGAAGAUAUAUUGGCCAGGCGGUUGAUGCUUUUCUACAGUGAGUACUUGCAGACGAAGCAGCAGUCGUUAACUAACGGCUAUAAACAGAAGGUAACGACAUGAUU